CGUUCACUUCCGAAAAAGCCGACCGCGCGUCGGCCUAAUCACUCAUAAUCCCAUUCCUGUUGUUGUGCGUGUGGUCAUCGCGUCUGAGACAAAUUGACACUCUUGGCGUUCGUGACUGUCGAGAAGUCAACGUGAACGGGUCUGAGGGAUCAGGAUGGCAUCAGGCAACGGCUGGGCACCUGAUCCUUUCCCACGACCCUCGACGGAUGAGCAUGGCCAGCCACGCAAGGCGAUGACGAGUUACGGACAGCCAAGAUCAAAGACGGCGUCAUGCAAAGAGUGCAAGCGAUUGAAGCUCAAGUGCAGUCGAACAUGGCCCUGCGCAGCUUGUGUCAAGCGAGGCUGCGGCCACCUCUGUCCAGAUGGCGUGCUCAAGGAGUCCAGAAACAAGACGAAAGAGAUCGCUCAGCUCACAGAGCGAGUGAAGCAGCUUGAAGCCGCCUUGCGACGGGCAGGUCUGGAUCCUGCAACAGCGGUACAAUCUCCAGCGGGGACUGCUCACCACUCUGUCUCGCCCGGAAGCAGUGGGACGAGUCAGCGGGCAGGCAGCGAUGCAGAUCAGCAGCUCGCCCUCCUGACGCUUAAGGGCGAGGACGAAAGCACAUUUCACGGCUUUAGCGCAGCAGGCUCGGCCUUCCUCGAAGAUGCAGAGGCUUACGACGCCUACACGUCGUCAUCUGAGGACCUGUCAGAUACAGAAGCCCUGCCGCCUCGACAGCAACGUGCAGUCAACCAUCCCAGCGCGUUUCCCCUUGCCGGCGGGUUCGAGAUCAAAUACCUGAGGUCACUACUGCCGCCUCGUGCACAAGGCGAGGCGUUUGUCAAGAGCUUCUUCGACAGAGUGGCCUGCUGUCUCAUGCCUAUGCGAGAAGAUCAUGCCUUUUCGACUUACGUCGUGCCGGCGUAUGAUGCCACCGAAGCCAAUGCCGUCCAUCCGCACCGUCUCGCGCUUCUCUUCGCCAUUAUGAGCAUCGGCGCGCUCUUCAUGCCCAACGCACGAGAUCCGAGGCGUGACGCCCAUCGAUACCAUUGUAUCAGUCAAGCCUGUAUCGCCUCGUCGCGCUUUAUGACCCACACAACUCUCGCAUCUGUUCUGACGCUCAUGCUUAGCUCUCGAUACUACCACUGUACGCACAGGAAUCCAGCAGACCAUUCGUGGCCGAUCGUUGGCCUUGCCGUCAGACUGUCAUUGGCAAUGGGCUUGCAUCGUGAUGGCAAGCUUUGGGGACUUGAGGGCGUAGAGCUCGAGCAGAGACGCGCGAUGUGGUACGAAUGCAUGUUCUUCGAUCGAGCGCAAGCCUUACUGCUCGGUCGACCUUACGCGAUCGCCGAUAGCCAAUUCGAUACAUUGCCGCCGUCAUUCGACUCGCUGGGAAGCUCGAGCCAUAUCGAUUUCUUCCAGGCGAAAUGCAAGCUGACAAAGUUUAUGGGCAAAGUCGGCGACGAAGUCCACGGCGUCAACAAUGCCACUUAUGAGACUGUCACAGCGCUCUCCGCCGAAUGGCAGCAGCUCAAGUCGGAACUGCCCGAGACGCUGAGUCACGAUGCCGUCUUUGAGUCGGCUAUGCAGCAAGUAAUCGCGCCGACUCGUGAUCAGGCCAUACAGCAGCAUUUCACAACUGUCAUGUAUGCGGAGACACUUAUCUCUCUUCACAAGAGCCACUUUGCUCAGGCCCUGCUCAACAAUCCUGACGAGCCUCUUGAGAGCAAGUACGCCGCCUCGGUCGUCGCGGUCAUCGUGACAGCCUGUCGUGACAUCAUCACGACUGUAAAAUCGGCGCUUGAUAGCUACGAAGCCCUCGCUUCGCGAUUCAUGUUCGCCUUUCAUGUUUUCAACGCCGGCAUCUGUCUCGCACUGUUGCUCAUCAGAUCGCCCGGGAGCCUCUUGGCACGGUUUGCGUGGGAUCUCCUCUGUCUUGGCAUCUCGAAUCUUCUCAGAGAGGCGCCUCAUGACAUGCCGACCCGAGAAUUCCUACCGCGGUUGCAUAAACUGCGGUUGACCGCUCGUACCAAGCUGCAAGAGUAUCAAGCUAAUCGCGCAUCGAGCGGGACAUCUACGCCUUCUGCCUCUCACCUACAACCGAUGAGCAGUUCUGACUCGAAGUCGGCACAAGAGGGCGACGAGGCAAAGUACCUUUCUCACGGACCCAAGCUUGCUCGCAAAGUCUCGUCGCCGCAUCAUCUGCAGAGUCAACAUGGUGGUCAACGAUCGGGUACUGGCUCGCCUGCUCGGCUUGCCUACUCUGCCUCGGUUUCUGCCGACAACAAUGAAGCAGAAUACAAGGAGAUCUCUGACAGCUUCGCAGCGCUAUCGAGCCACAAGAGCUUACUGGGCAUAGAUCAGUCGAUCUUGGAGAAGCUCUUUCGAGCAGAUCCGACGAUAUUAGCCCGGCCUACGUUCCGCCCGGCUCUUGAUUCGAGUCCCGUCGAGAUCUUGCCGGAGGUCCCUGAGCCCAUUGUCUCGGCGAGUGAUGAGCUCGCAGGCAAUGACUUUGCACCUCCGGACGCUCCUUCAUGGCGCGACCCCUUCGAUACAUCUGGCUUCGCGACAAGUCUACCGGCUGCUCCCGAGAUAGAUGAGAGCUACUUCAACUUUGCAAGCUACGAUCAGCCUUCGAAUGCUGAAUCUGGCAUCGGCAAAGGCCAGUUCGAUCUGGACAGCCUCAUGGCGCUGCUAGAUGAUCCCGCUGCGGCUAACACUCAGACCGGCAUGCAAGGCGUGGAAGUUCCGUUUGCGCACGUCAGACAGGACUCGCGGACACGCUCCAAUGCUUUCGAUGAUAUCCUGCGCAGUAUUGCUUCUUAGAUGUACAACAACAGCUGUUUGUUGAUCUGUAAUGUCAUAGCUCGUCGUGAAUCUUGCCACUCGGAUCGCCGGGAUCGAGUGCAAUCAUCCGCUUC